ACCAUGAAUUGGGGUCUUAUUAAAUGUUUGUAACAUACUUUGGUCAAAAUACCACAAGGAUAAUUUAUAAUAAUCUCUUUUAAAGGAUAGUUGAUUGGUUAGGACCACAAUGACGUUUUGUCAGCCAACAGUGUCAACUGCAGAAAGCGUUGCUAAUUUUGACGUCGCGUUCUUUUGACAUAUCUGCAUUAUUGCGUUUCAGGGCUAUAUAAACCGUGCGCCCACAUGAGAGCUGCUCACUCACAGCUGUGUUGCUGGACGAGGCACCACGUUUGCUGUCGUCUGUAAAACCGUUGGUGAACUCUGUUGCUAGUUGGAAAUGGAGGAUACAAGCGAGGAAGACGGCAUAGGCAACGGCAACAUUUAGCUUGCUAAAUGUGGAGCCAGGAAGUUUCCCCACAAGAUAUUGUUUGCAAAUGUAUUUUUUUGCUGUGACUGUUAAAUAGCGGUUAAAUACUUCUGUUCUGUUUAAUAUUUUUUCUGAUAGACAGAUGUGGGAACCCACCAGGAGAGGGCGUCAUUGUGCCGUGGGUGUUCAUCUUCUCCUCACAGAGAAGACCGAAGUGGAGUUUGAAUGUGAGCGGUGCCAGGGAAUCCCUUCCUGCAUCCAGACUCGGUAGUGAAUGUUGAGGGGCUUGCAGAGCAGUUGCCGUACCGUACUGAGAUGCAGUUUGUGAUGAUGAUCUCAAUGGUACAGCACCAGAGACCCACCAGGAUCCGGGAACUGGGAACUUGAUAUGGAGAAACCAUGAGCACCUAAGAGGGAAUACAACGGGAGGAAGAAAGGCUGCAGAAGUAGCAGUUUCGGUGAAGUUAUGACGGAGUUCUGGCUGGUGUCUGUCCCGCUGGACAAGAACAGCUCGCAGUCACUGGAGAAAUUGAAGCGCGCCGCAUCCAAAGCCAGUCUAGCCUCAAGCUUCAGGUUCCCCAUACCAGAUCUGAAGGUGGGCACACUGGACACCCUGUUGGCUCUGUCUGAUGACCUUUCAAGAAUUGACACAUAUGCUGAAAGUGUGAUGCGGAGAACCUCCCAGAGCAUGGUGGAGGUGAUGGAGCAGUCUGAUAAGAUUCUGGAGAACGCCCUGGCCAAUGGAGUGGACCUGGCCAGCUAUGUGACACGAUUCCAGUGGGACAGAGCCAAGUACCCCACUGCUGUACCUCUCAAGUGUCUGACCGAAAUCAUCUCCAGGCAAGUGUCUCAGGUGGAAGCAGAGCUGAAGACUCGAAAUGCGGCCUAUUUUAACGUGAAAGCCAGUCUGCAAGGUCUUGAGCGUAAAACGGAAGGGAGCUUACAGACACGGGUACUAACUGAUAUUGUGAAGAAAGAGGACCUGGUAUUGGGCUCUGAAUAUCUCACCACUUUAUUGGUAGUCGUGGCUAGGACAAGCUAUAGCCUGUGGGAGAAAACCUAUGAGUCCUUGUCUGAGUUUGUUGUUCCUCGCUCAAGUCGAAAAAUACUGGAGGAACAAGAGGGGGGUAUUUUCACUGUCACCCUGUUCAAGAAAGCUGUGGGUGAAUUUAAAGCUAAUGCCAAAAAGAACAAGUUCACAGUGAGAGAGUUCAGCUUGGAGGAGGCCGAGCGACAGAAAGAAGAAAUGGGUCGCCUCAAUGUGGACAAGAAGGAGCAGUAUGGUAUCUUUGUACGCUGGCUGAAGGUGAAUUUCAGUGAGGUAUUUGUGGCCUGGAUACACCUGAAGGCUCUCAGGGUGUUUGUGGAGUCUGUUCUCAGGUAUGGUCUGCCUGUCAGUUACCAGGUGAUUCUACUUCAACCGGACAGGAAGUGUGUGAAGAAACUCAGAGAGCUGCUUAGCUCCCUGUUCACCCACUUAGACCCUGCAGCUGCAGCCAGCAAACCUGAUCUUGGGCUUGAGAUCCCAGGAGUGAGCACGGCCCAGCAGGAAUACUAUUCCUACAUCUGCUAUUCCAUCAACAUCAACGUAGUAGACCCAAGCUAGCAGCUGAGUAUGGAAAACAUCACAGGAGAUUUCAUCAUUGAAAAACUCACAAAAGGGGUUCCAAAAGUUGGUCACAUGCACACCAUUGAGUUCAGUGGGUAUUAUUACUCAAUGUUGGCAUGAUGUCACCAUGGACCAAAGUUCUCAGUGGGUGCAUUGGAUACACAUGGACUCUAAUAAAGAGUGUCCAAAGUAUAAUAACAGUGACUGGUCACUGCAGUUUUAUCUUUAUUUUUAUAGAUGUUGACAAAAACAUGAUAAAUUGAUGAUGAUGUACACAAACAGGGAA